CCCACUGACAUCCUUCUUUUGUGUUGAGCAGUUUUGGCGGUGAUCUCAAAGCGGGCCACCUAGCCUAUUCUCUUGGACGCUUGUCUUAAUGUCGAAAACCCGCUUCAAAAACCCGCUUCUGCCGGGCUAUGCAUUAACACAACUCUCGUAUUCUUUCUUACGAAAUGUCUAUCAUGGUGUGACAGAUGUUGACACCUCCUCCACCCACCCACCCACAUUGUAAUGAGACCGGCUUUGUCUUGGAUUGGUCUGAUAGAACAAUGUUCUACAUUUUUAGGGCCAUUAUUGGUUCAAGCAUCCGCCAUUCAAAAUAUUUUUACAAGGGGAGGGGAAAACACGUUUCAUUCGAGAAUUGGAACAACGCUGGGGUGUAUAGUGGGUGCAGUACGAGUGUCCUGCUAAAUGAAACUAUUUAAUCGAUUGAAGCUAGCUAAUUAAUAUUUGUUUUACAUAAUGGUACUAAGAAAAAGACUAAAAUAGUGUUAUUGUUGUAUUGCUUUGGACUGUGUCCGGGUAUCUCUACAGAGCCAGAGCAUUGAUUAGCUUGAGGCCCAGUUAGCGUUAUUAACUAAUACUAUUUGACCGUGGUUAAGUAAGAUUGCUUCCUGAUUCCCCGUUCAUCUUUUUUUGAAGGCGUUGACAUGAAGAGAGUGAACACACUUCAAAGGUUCAUGAACAGCCGGGCCUCUGCUAACUGCCGAUACCAGCCCACCUGCUACGAGCAUGCUGCGAACUGCUAUACUCACGCGACUUCCUGUCUGUACCAUGCAGCUCCUCAUCGGGCCAUCAUUUGUGGGCAUGGCCCUUUUGCACUGGCUCUCAGCCAACAACUGGGAGAAGAUCACGGCCUGGGUGUACGGCAUGGGCCUGUGUGCUCUCUUCCUGGUCUCCACCGUGUUCCACAUCAUCACCUGGAAAAAGAGCCAUAUGAGGUCUGUGGAGCACUGCUUUCAUAUGUGUGAUCGCGUGGUCAUUUAUUUCUUCAUUGCCGCCUCCUACACACCUUGGUUGAAUCUCCGCGAGCUUGGCCCCCUCACAGCUCACAUGCGUUGGUUUAUAUGGCUGAUGGCUGUGGCAGGAACAAUAUACGUCUUUAACUACCAUGAAAAGUAUAAAGUUGUUGAGCUUGCCUUCUAUUUGACUAUGGGUUUUUUCCCUGCAUUGGUAGUGACAUCAAUGAACAACACCGAUGGACUGUAUGAGUUGGCCUGCGGGGGCCUCAUCUACUGCCUGGGGGUGGUCUUUUUCAAGUCGGACGGGGUCAUCCCCUUUGCCCAUGCCAUCUGGCAUGUGUUUGUGGUGCUGGCUGCAGCCGUGCACUACUACGCCAUCUGGAAGUACCUCUACAGGAGUCCCCGCGCUGAAACUAUCCGCGACGCCUGACCCUCGCCGGGUCAGGCUGGCUGUCUUGAAGUACGGUGCCCUCCUGUGCCUCUGGACCAAGGCACUAGCACAUAGAGUCCCAUAACUGCUAGCAGUGGUAACUACAGCUGAAAAGUUUACAAAAGCGACCAUGUAUUGUUUACUGUUUUCUAACCAAGGUGGGGAGCAGUUUUUCGGUUCAUACCUGACUGUACAAAUUUCAAACAAAGGCUGCUUGUGAUGCUGUUUUUGUACAAUGUUUGUUCAGUUGGUACCCCAAACAAAUGAAAAUAAUCUACUUCUUGACCAUUUUGCAAUUAUCUUUUGCACAUGAGGAUACAUUUGGCAGUAUUUUAUUUAUUCUGUUUUUUUUUUUUUACGUGAAAGUAUCACAUUCCAUAAUUUAGUGUCUUGUGAUUAUUUUUAUCUUACUGAACAGUAGUUUGGAAGGAGAUUCAAUUGAGGUUUCGCUCUACGGUCAAUGUGCACUGUAGAUAAAGAAUAGUAAUUCAGACACUUUGUCUAAUGUAAGUACUGUAUUCUGCAUUUUUAUCCCUAUUUAAGUGCAGUCUUAUUUUUCUGAGGCACUUUUGUAUCAUAAGAAACACAAAUUAUGUCUGGGAAUGUCGUUGAAUAAGUACUCCGAUUUGUGUUUCUCACAAAGUCCACCGCAGCUCAGCGUUGAAGUUGGUGUAGUAAUUAACAUGGGUCUUCCAGUUUCUCUAAACUUCUAGAAAGUACAUCUGGGAUGUACUUCUGUACAGAUUGACUGCUGCCAAACUCAUGGUGCAGUACAUAGUUCCAUUAUAUCACACACUUCCUAAUUUUAAAAACUCUCCUCGCAGGCUCAAUUACAUUUCUGUACUUUGUGUUCAUUUUCACCAGUUGUGUUUCAGAUGUUUAUUGCUAUGGAAUUCCAUACUUUUCAUUUCUUUUAAGGAGUAUUUUUCCUUCUUUUCCAUUUCAGUUGAGAAACUGUUGAUGCUACUAUGAUUUUGGGUAAAGAUUGUGGCCAAUCAGAAAUGUUUUAAGCUCUUUACCACAAUGUUUUGUAAUAUUUGUAUAUUCUGUUUUGGUACAUAAUCCCAUUCAGGCCUUUUUAAGGGAAACCUCUGCUUCUUGUUAAAUCUACUUUAUCCACUGGGUAUUUUGGUGCUGUACAUAUAAUAUAAAGUUUCACACUGUAAGAAAUAGGCCACUAAUUUGUUGAAAAAUAAAUGCCCUCAACAUUUUU